AACUUGCUGCUGUGUUUCAACAUGGCGGACGAAGCUCGCUCUCCGGCCAAAAAGCGAAGGAAAACCGAGAAGAGAAUCUUAGAUCGGGACAAGAAGAUUGAAGAACAAGAGCAGUCGGCUAAGGCAACAAACAAAGAGGAGACAAACGUCUCAGAUGUCAAAGACAAACUGAGAGAAGCACUCAAAGUUGACCUUCCUCAAGACUUCUUUGAUUUUUGGGAGUUUUGCAAGACCAUCAAAAGCGAUAAUCCAUGUGGGGCAUUAAGUGAUUCUCUUGGCUUAAAGCUGGUUGGUCCAUAUGAUAUAUUAUCUGGAUCAUUUGAUGACAUCAGUGAGUCAGACAUCACAUCAUAUCACCUCCAUUGGAGAUAUUACUAUGAUCCACCAGAAUUCUUAACUGUCCUAAAAGGGGAUGAUAAAACAGGAUAUCAUGUGGGUUAUUACAGAGAUGACCCUAAGAGUCCUCCUGUGUUUGUAGCCUCUAACCAGGCUGAGAAGACUUGUGAGUUCACAGUGCUAGGAGAAAACCUUUUCGCUGCAGUCAGCAAGUUCCUUAGCGAUUUUAUGAAGAUGUCCAGUGCUAAAUCCAAACAAAAGUCACUGAAAGCUCUACAAGCUUCAUUGACAGUGCAAGCAAAAAAGUUGAAAUACAGCAUUGAGAUAGUAACACCUGCAAUCAAAGCUAGGAACAAGAGGGUUGUUAGCAAGACUUUUCAUAAAGCUGGGAUUGUAGUCCCUGUGGAUGCAAAUGAUGUUGGAUAUCGCCCUCUUACUGUGACUGAUGGUGAACUGAAGAAAAUUCUCAAGCGUAUCACGGAAGGUAAAACUGAAAGAGAGAAAGAGCAAGGUUCGGAAGAUCUCCAAGAAAUCAUGACUCUGGUACAGUUUGCGAAUGACGAAUGUGAUUAUGGCAUGGGACUCGAGCUGGGACUAGACCUGUUCUGUUUUGGAAGCGAACGUUUUCACAACACCAUCUUACAGCUGUUGCCUCUUGGGUACAGAUUACUUGGCAGAGAUGAGUUUGCGGAGAUAGCAGAGAUUCAUGUCAAGAACCGAAACAGGGCUUCACUAACCCAACUUCCAUCCUGAUUGAAUGAACUUUCAUGUUUAUCACGUUUCACGCAUCUCACGCAUUCUAUUAUGGAGUUCAGAUGACAGCGAAAGAAACCUCGUUGCAACCAUUUUAGUCAUGUCUAGCAUCUUAGAUAUAAUCGCAAAACAGGCUCCGAAAUAUUUUUUUUUAACUUUCGCGCCAAGUGGCGAUUAAAUAGCUUUGUCUCAAUCGAUCGAAUGGAACAAUUUUGUUGCCAAAGUGAAUUCAUAAACAGCUGAAAGCACAGAAAGAAAUUUUGCCAUAAACUUCGCGGGAGUUGGAUACUUGCAGCGCGUGUAAAGGACUGGGACCUAACAGCCGGUUAGAGCAUGCGCAUUCCGCACAUUUUAAUGCCAUUAAAACGGCGGCCAGUCGUGAAUGAUGAGAGGAUAUACGCCUUUGACAGAAAUUAAUUGCUAUUGUGUCAGAGAUACCAUAAUGAGCUAAUCUUUGUAACGGUACCCCGUAUGAAGAGCUUAAAGCGGCGUCAUUCAGGCUUAUGUAGACGGAAUGUUUGUGAAGAUAAAGUAGAACUUUGGAAGACCGCGAGAGAAAGAUAAAUGCUUAAAACAAAGUAA